AUGCCGCCUUCACAUCCGCGACAUCCAUGUUGUGACACGCCGAAAUAUGAGUCUCAGAAUUUUAAGAUCAAUGCUCAACGUAUUGGACCGCUAUUCCAAGGUGAAUAUCUAGCAAGUGAAGGACCAACGAUGAGCAGUGUGUUUGAUUUUUGGUGUAUGGUUUGGCAGGAAAAGGUCGAGAGGAUUUUAUCGGUGAACUUUCCACAUGAAGAACGCCUAUAUCCAGCGAUAUAUGAUCCUUCCAAAGAAACGAUUCAAUAUUGGCCGAUAGAGAUUGGAAAAACUGUUGCAUACAUGCCAUUUAAAAUCACAUGUAUCGAUACAAGGAUGAUGAUAUCUCCUGGUAUCCGAGCUGUAAAGCCCAAUGAUAUGGUUUAUCGGGUGACACAGUUACGGAUUUCGUACUCCAAUCCUAUCGGAGAUCCCGAGCCGGACAGGGAAAUCGUACACAUGUGCUACUAUCGGUGGCCUGAUGGAUGUUUGCCAAUACCAUGGCCGGUGACUACAGCAUCGUAUGCGGCCACGGCGCUGCGAAUUAUCGAUAUCGUAGAAAGGGAGCUGCCACCAUCAUCAUCGUCCUUGCUAGUUCAUUGUCACGCCGGGCUCGGUCGUACCGGCGUCUUCAUUGCUCUCGACGUUGCUUUGCGACAGUUAUAUCAGAACAAUACGGUGAAUAUAAAGGGAGUGGUAGAGAAACUUCGAGAAAAACGUGCACGGGCGGUGAUGAACCCAUGGCAGUACGCUUAUAUUAAUGUGGUAGUUGCUGAGAAAGCAUUACAAUGUGGAGCAUUAUCUUCAUGUGUAGGUGGCCAUAAUGUUCGACAAUUAAUUGAUCGAAUGUGGACGGAUUUGUUUGACGAGGUUCACCGUCAGUUUCAGGGAAACAUACUGACAUUUACCCCAGAAAUGAUGUAUACGAGCUAA